UUAAGAGACCCCGGAAGUGGAUGUGAAGUGCAACAUUAUAUACAAGGUUUAUUUUGGUUCGUUUUUGUCAGGCGCGCAAUGACGCCUUUCCACUUAUGUACAGCCGCGCGAUCUUUGCUAAAGUCUUAUCGACACAGAGCAGUGUUAAAAACGGUCCAACAGGGACUCAGAGUGUGGGAGUUCAGAAACAUGUAUCCAUGUACUUCCAUCGCAUGGCACAACAGCAUGGAGGAGAUCCUGAGAAAGACAGUGGCCCCAUUUCCCAGUUAUGAGAUGAGAGACAAAUCUCCACCUCCACCUGAAUCCAACAGUCUGGAGUUCAUGCACUUCUACAAGAGUUUAGAGAAAGAGCAAAAACUGGAGUUUCUCGAGAAGUUGUCUUAUGAUUUCGGGGUAGAUCACAGAUGGAGUUCGGAUCUGGCUGCGAAGUUGCUGGACACUCAGGGGCGGGAUGUGGCCACCAUCUUGCAGGUGGAGGACAGGUUACGGUACAGUUUAACACCCCGGUACCGACAGCUGCUCACGCACAUCAGCAGGGUUCAGGGCGGGGUGAAGUUCCUGGUGGACCUCAGGGCAGAUCUCAUCGAGUUAGCGUCCUCAAAAAUUACUGACAGCCCACAUAUGAGGGAUCUGAACAGCACUCUGAAGAGUCUUCUGUCAGAAUGGUUCUCCGUUGGGUUACUCCAACUGGAAAGAAUCACUUGGCAGUCCCCAUGCGAGAUCCUUCAGAAGAUCAGCCAGUAUGAGGCAGUCCAUCCUGUGCGGAACUGGACGGAUAUCAAACGCAGAGUGGGGCCAUACCGGAGAUGCUACGCCUUCACCCACGCCUCCAUGCCUGGAGAACCACUGGUGGUGCUGCACGUUGCCUUAACUGAAGACAUAGCAAAUAAUAUCCAGGGAAUUGUAAGAGAGUUUUCCACUCUAGACACAGAUGAGGAUGUGAACAAGAUCAAUGCGGCCAUCUUCUACUCCAUCUCGUCCACUCAGGCUGGACUGCAGGGGGUGGAGCUUGGAAAUUACCUCAUUAAGAGGGUGGUCCGAGAACUGCAGAGUGAAUUUCCUCACAUGGCCCAGUUCUCCAGUCUGUCUCCCAUCCCAGGCUUCUCCUUAUGGCUACAAGGGGCUCUCGGACAGCACAAGAAAGAGGGACGUGCUAUAGAGCUCCUGUCUGAGCAGGAGUGGAGGGAGGUGGAGGAUGUGACGGGAGCCGCCCCCGGUGCCCCAGCCAUGGAGGCUCUGCGCAGGCUCAUCAGCACCAGCGAGUGGAUCCGCUCUGACCGCCUGAUCCGUGCUCUGGAACCUGCCCUAAUGCGGCUCUGCGCCUGGUACCUGUACGGAGAGAAACGGCGGGGCUACGCCCUAAACCCCGUGGCCAACUUCCAUCUUCAGAACGGCGCCACCAUGUGGAGGCUGAACUGGCAAGCGGACACAAGCCCACGAGGGAUCGCCAACUCUUGCGGCAUAAUGGUUAAUUAUCGCUACUUUUUACAAGAGACCAGCCCUAAUAGCGCCGCCUACCUGCAGAAUAAAGUCAUCAAGGCUUCGGAGCAGGUGAUGGGACUGGUGUCACAAUUCCAGAAGAGCAGCAAACUCUGAUUCAAAUCUGUGUUUCUGCAUUAGGACAAAAUGUGUUGGCACUCAAAUUCAGUGUUAUCAUUUUUGAUAACUCUGAUCAGCACAGGUUGGGUUAAAUAAGCCUUAUAUCAUGGAUCACAUUUCAGUUGUACUCUGCCUUUCUGAAAGAUAAUAAUCCAGUAAAUCCAAUUUUAAAAGCAUAGUUCACCCAAAAAUUUAAAUUGCCAUCAUACUCACCCACAAGUUGUUCCAACCCUGUAUAACUUUUUUUCUUCUUUUUUAGAGAAUCGUCCUUUAGGUUUUUAUUUUUAAUUUUUUUUUAAUCCAGCAGUUCUCAACGACAACAUAAUGUCUUAGAUAAAACAUUAUCAAAAGUAUUAAAGUAGUCCAUAUGAUUUAGUCACUAUAUUCUGUGAAGCCAUACAACUUUUUGUGAAGAAUAAAUUGAAAUGUAAAUAAUUGUUUGCUCUCAAAUUAUUCAUGCAAAUCACAUGGCUCAGGAUUGAUGUCAUUACAUGUAAGAACCAAUGACAUUUGAUGCUAUUGAUGUCCAACCUGCAUAUGUGAUUUGUAAGCAAUAAUGACUUAAAUAGCUUGUUUUUAUAAUAUUACGCUAUCUUAAGAAUACUUUAUAGUUCACAAGUUAUACAAACCAAUUUAUUUUUGGAACUUGACACACUAUGAUCAUUACUGUUGUAUAUGUUGUAAACAUAUACAACUUUAUUUUGAGACAGCCGUCACUGAAAAUGACAAAAUGCACUUCAGUAAGUGAGUCAGAAGUUUAUUCAGUAUUUCUGAAAUAUUCAGAGUUUAUUUAAUGAUGGAAUUGUCUGACUUAAUUCCAUAACUCAGACUGUAUUGGAGUGAUUUUUUUUAAAGAGUCAGUUUUUAAGAGUCAUUUGCUCAUGAAUCAGCAUUUGUUCAGAAAUCAAGAUACUCUUUGUAUUGUACUGUAUGUUGUUUAGCAUGCAGCUUCUAACAGAACUAGAAAGAUGCAUUUUCCCACCAUUAUUUUGGGUACACAUGGAUAUGUGAUUUGGGAUCUGAUGUAAAAACUAUUAAAUAUACACAAUUCAACUAUAAAACACAUUACAUAAAUUACAUAUAAAACAAUCUAUAAAACAGCAUACAGUUUAGAAGGACAUGAGGGUGAGCAAAUGAUGACAAUUUCCAUCUUUAAGUCAACUCCCUUUUAUCAGGUUUAUUAUUAUUACCCAGCAUGCUGCUUGGUGAAGUGAUGUGAUGUGCCAAAUCUCCACUAAUUUCAAGCAAGAAAAGGAUAAUUGUCUAAAUUAAUCUAUUUUCCUUAGUCCUUUUAAGCAGUGCUUGAGCCUUUGUUUGAUUAGCCGGUUGCUGAUUUUGAUGUGGACUUAUGCUACACUCUGAAAGACUGGGGGUAAUGAAGCGGGAAGAAUCUAUCAGCCCCUGUCAUGUCUUUGCCUUCUCAGCGUGUGUAUGUAAGAGAGCGUUCCAGCACGACUGAGUGGAAGCUGCUGUAAUAAAUGAUGUUUUGAUUCCUUCA